AUGUCAAUGAGCUAUCGCCACGCGCUACCUACCCUGCCCCCUUUCACACCGCAUGCAGAUUGCCUGCCUGCCUGCAUGCCAGCUUCCCGCUAUGAAUACCUUCCGCACCAGACCGAUCGACGUACCACUGGGUGGCAUUCCCAACACACAAACAUGAAACACACCACCGACGCCGGGAGAAAGCUAGCAAUGGCUGCACCGACCAACGGGGGCAGCGGCUGGACGCUGCUCCGCCCGCUCUGCCAAGGCGCGUCCGGAGCUGCUGUAUCUCUCGCGGAAGACGCGGCCUCUGGGGAGCUCUUCGUCGUGAAGUCGGCGGCUGCCGGGGAUGCCGCGCAGCUGCGUCGCGAAUGGGGCAUCAUGUCCGGCCUAUCCUCCCCGCACGUCGUCAAGUGCCUAGGGUUCCGCUCGAUCGGGGCGCUGGAUCACCUGCUGCUGGAGUUCGCGCCCGGCGGAUCACUCGCCGACGUGGCGGCGGCGGCAAGGGACGACGGAGGUUGUCACCAGCGGCGCGGGCUCGAGGAAGGCGCCGUAAGGGCUUACGCGGCGGACGUGCUGAGGGGGCUGGAUUACCUCCACGAGAAGCUCAUGGUGCACGGGGACGUCAAGGGAAGGAACGUGGUGGUCGGCGCCGACGGGCGGGCCAAGCUCGCCGACUUUGGCUGCGCGAGGGCGGCGGGUGAUACAAAGCGGCCGUUCGGCGGCACGCCGAGGUUCAUGGCACCCGAGGUGGCGCGCGGGGAGGAGCAGGGUCCCCCGGCGGACGUGUGGGCGCUGGGGUGCACCGUCCUCGAGAUGGCCACGGGCGGUCGCGUCCCGUGGGGAGACGCGGAUGAUAACGUGCUCGCCGUGCUGCACCGAAUCGGGUUCACCGACGCCCUACCGGAGGUGCCACAGUGGCUCUCGCCGGAGGCUAAGGACUUCCUGGGCCGGUGCUUGCGGAGGCGCGCCUCUGACCGUGCCACGGCGGCGCAGCUCCUAGAGCACCCAUUCGUGGCACUGGCAACGCCAAUCAAGAAAGAGGAGGAAGCGGUGAAGAAGCGUACAUGGGAGUCUCCGACGAGCACGCUGGACGCGGCACUUUGGGAGUCAGACUUUGAGCCCGACGACGACGAUGACGACGUGGAGGGCAUGUCGUCGAAUAGCCCGGUCGGCAGGAUCAGGGAAUUGGCGUGCACCGGCCUGCCGUUGCCCGACUGGGAGCACGAACAAGGCUGGAUCGAAGUCUGCAGCUGUUAA